UUGGCUUGAAUGCAUCAACAGUCUUAGGUCCUUCGAAAUACUACGUAUGCUUUUUGAAACCGGAAGUCUAACCAGACAAAUUGUAUGCAGUUUUACAAGAUGUUGUCAAUAUUUAACUCCAUUCCAACACACAUGGAUUAUAAAGGACAAAAGCUGGCGGAGCAGAUCUUCCAAGGAAUCAUACUUGCCUCAGCGGUGAUCGGAUUCGCUUAUGGCCUCAUCAUUGAACAGUUUGGGUGGACUGUGUACAUAGUGUUAGGAGGUUUUGCUGUGUCUUGUUUGCUGACCCUGCCCCCCUGGCCCAUGUACAGACAGAACCCCCUCUCCUGGCAGCCAGCCCUACCAGAGACUACAGGAGAAACCCUGCAAAAGCCUCAGGAGAAUCUGAAGAAGAAGAAGCACAAGUAGAUCAUGACUGUUUGUACCAGUUUGCCCAAGACACGUUUUGUGACUGAAAAUAACCGUAUGUCUGUACAAUAAAUCCUUGUUUAAAGGAACCCUUUGUUACAGGGUAUUAUGCCAAACAGUGGUGGAAUGUCAAUGUACAAUAAACAGAUUUGCUACUGUG